AUGGAGGAGAGACCAGAGACCGAGCUUAUAUCCAUUCCGGCGACUCCCCGUGCUUCCACGCCGGAGAUUUUAACUCCUUCAGGUCAAAGAUCGCCGAGGCCGCCUUCUAAGGAAGCGAAAUCUUCAAAUGCGUGGACUCCGACGUCCUUUAUAUCGCCGAGGUUCUUGAGCCCUAUAGGGACACCAAUGAAGAGGGUUUUGAUAAAUAUGAAAGGGUAUUUGGAGGAGGUGGGACAUCUCACCAAGCUUAACCCACAAGAUGCUUGGCUACCUAUCACUGAGUCUCGCAAUGGAAAUGCUCAUUACGCUGCGUUUCAUAAUCUGAAUGCUGGUGUUGGAUUUCAGGCCCUGGUCUUGCCUGUUGCUUUCGCUUUCCUUGGCUGGAGUUGGGGAAUAUUGUCCUUGACCAUAGCUUACUUCUGGCAACUUUAUACUUUAUGGAUUCUAGUUCAGCUACAUGAAGCAGUUCCUGGGAAGAGGUAUAACAGAUACGUGGAGCUUGCACAAGCAGCAUUUGGGGAAAGAUUAGGUGUUUGGCUUGCUCUCUUUCCAACUGUUUACUUGUCAGCUGGAACUGCGACAGCUUUGAUUCUUAUAGGAGGGGAGACCAUGAAACUCUUCUUCCAAAUAGUUUGUGGCCCUUUAUGUACUUCUAAUCCCCUAACAACAGUAGAGUGGUAUCUGGUAUUCACUUCUCUGUGCAUUGUAUUGUCCCAGCUCCCAAAUCUUAAUUCAAUCGCAGGACUUUCCCUUAUUGGUGCCAUAACAGCCAUAACUUAUUCCACCAUGGUGUGGGUGCUCUCUGUUAGUCAACAAAGGCCACCUUCUAUCUCCUACCAACCCCUUUCUUUGCCAUCCUUUGGUGCUUCCAUCUUUUCAGUAAUGAAUGCGCUUGGAAUUAUAGCCUUUGCGUUUAGAGGGCAUAAUCUAGCUCUGGAGAUUCAGGCAACAAUGCCAUCAACAUUUAAGCACCCAGCUCAUGUACCCAUGUGGAAAGGAGCCAAAGUUGCUUAUUUCUUCAUUGCCAUGUGCUUAUUCCCUGUUGCCAUCGGAGGCUUUUGGGCUUAUGGAAAUCUUAUGCCUUCCGGAGGAAUUCUCAAUGCUUUAUAUGGUUUCCACAGCCAUGAUAUUCCUCGAGGACUUCUAGCAUUGACUUUUCUGUUAGUUGUAUUCAAUUGCUUAAGCAGUUUCCAGAUAUAUUCAAUGCCUGUUUUUGACAGUUUUGAAGCUGGCUACACCAGCCGUACCAACCGCCCAUGCUCAAUCUGGGUUCGGUCAGGAUUUCGCGUUUUCUACGGAUUCAUAUCUUUCUUCAUAGGUGUCGCACUUCCUUUCCUAUCCAGUCUUGCUGGGCUAUUGGGAGGACUUACCUUGCCUGUCACAUUUGCAUACCCUUGCUUCAUGUGGGUUCUCAUUAAAAAACCUAUCAAGUACAGCUUUAAUUGGUAUUUCAACUGGAUCCUCGGUUGGUUGGGCAUUGCUUUUAGCUUGGCAUUUUCCAUUGGAGGCGUCUGGAGUAUGGUGAACAGUGGACUAAAGUUAAAAUUCUUCAAGCCGCCAAAUUAGAGAUUGGUUAGCAAUCUUCAGAAUUUUGUGGGUUUAUUAUUAUAUGCUGAUUUGCAGUUGCUGAGAACUCAAAACACUCCCUGUAUCCAUAUCUUUGGCGUUGUCUUAGUUCAAUACUAUAUAUAAUUGGUCUUCUUCAAGAAAUGUAAUUGGAGUUUGCUAUGGAGAUUUGUGGAGUUAAUCAUGAGCUUAUACAGCUGCAUUUUUGUC